UCCUCCUCCUCCUCCUCCUCCUCCUCCUCCUCCUCCUCCGCCCCCGCCUCCGCCUCCCGGCCGGGAAGAGCUCGCCGUGCCCGCAGCCCCGCUGGAUGCGCUGAGCCGCGGGGAGAGGGGCAGGAGGCAGCCGCCAGCCCCGCUGCGGUGCCCGGAGCCCGAUCGCCGCCUCCCUUCCAUCCCUCCCCGCCGCACGACCGCGGUGUGUGCGCGCCCCCGGCCUCCUCUCUGCAGCCCAGGCGGCGGCGGCGGCGGCGGGGGCUGCUUUUUUUUUUUUUUUUUUUUUUUUUAUCCUUCCCCCCCCUACCUUUUUUUUUUUUUUUUUUUUUUUUUUUAAUCUUUACGGGGCCGCCAUGGGAUGUACCCUGAGCGCCGAGGAGCGGGCCGCCCUGGAGCGGAGCAAGGCCAUCGAGAAGAACCUCAAGGAGGACGGGAUCAGCGCCGCCAAAGACGUGAAACUCCUCCUGCUCGGGGCCGGGGAGUCGGGGAAGAGCACGAUCGUGAAGCAGAUGAAGAUCAUCCACGAGGAUGGCUUCUCGGGAGAGGACGUGAAGCAGUACAAGCCGGUGGUCUACAGCAACACCAUACAGUCACUGGCGGCUAUCGUGCGCGCCAUGGAUACCUUGGGCAUCGAGUAUGGAGAUAAGGAGCGACGGGCUGAUGCCAAGAUGGUCUGCGACGUCGUAAGUCGGAUGGAGGACACAGAGCCCUUCUCUCCAGAGCUGCUGUCGGCUAUGAUGAGACUCUGGGCAGACUCCGGGAUCCAGGAAUGCUUCAACAGGUCCCGGGAAUAUCAACUUAACGACUCGGCCCAAUACUACCUAGACAGCUUAGAUCGAAUCGGAGCUGCAGACUACCAGCCCACGGAGCAGGAUAUCCUUCGAACCAGGGUCAAAACAACUGGCAUCGUAGAAACCCACUUCACAUUCAAAAACCUCCACUUCAGGCUCUUUGAUGUCGGAGGCCAGAGGUCAGAACGCAAGAAGUGGAUCCACUGCUUUGAGGAUGUCACAGCGAUCAUUUUCUGCGUCGCGCUGAGCGGCUACGACCAGGUGCUCCAUGAAGACGAAACCACGAACCGCAUGCACGAAUCACUGAAGCUGUUUGACAGCAUCUGCAACAACAAGUGGUUCACAGAUACAUCUAUCAUCCUCUUUCUAAACAAGAAGGACAUAUUUGAGGAGAAAAUUAAGAAAUCUCCACUGACUAUCUGCUUUCCUGAGUACACAGGCCCCAACUCUUUCACCGAGGCAGUGGCUUACAUCCAGGCUCAGUACGAGAGCAAGAACAAGUCCCCCAACAAGGAGAUCUACACGCACAUCACCUGCGCCACCGACACCAACAACAUCCAGUUCGUCUUCGACGCUGUCACGGAUGUCAUCAUCGCCAACAACCUGCGGGGAUGCGGACUCUACUAAAGCCCUCUCCUCCCCUCCUCUCCUCGCAGCCGCCAGGAGCGCCCGCAGCCCCGCGGACAGGUCCUCUCUCUUUCUUCUCCUCCUCCUCGGAAGGCAAUGAGGAAGGAGUACGUAAACCCCUCCUUCUGCCCCAGGAAACUCUGCAGCAAGUUCUGCCUCCCCCCAGCCCCGUUUGAUUUUGUUUUGGUUUAUUUUGGGUGAAUUCCCCGCGCUGCCUCUUUCUACUCUUCCGUUCCAGUUCACAGUGCUGUAGAGGGAGCUAAUACAUUUCCCACAAAGUGCAUUUCAACUGCCAAAAACCAGAAAUACUCCAUUUACAAAAAAAGAAAAACUCAAAGCCUUAAAAUAUUUGUCAGCAACAGCGUAGUUUGGAACCAAAACCUCUUUUUUUUUUUUCCCUUGAAAAUAAGGGAUAUUUGUAAUUCUCCUUAUUUAUCUUUUUCACAAUUACUAUUUGUUUGAGAAGUACUAGACACGUGACCAUUUUGAAGGUACCCUGUGGCUCCAGUUCCCACCCCAAAGCCAGAGGGGGUGCUGAACGCAGCCCCGGCAGCCUGGCUUUGUACAUUCUCCCUUUUUUCAGCCAGCUCUUUGAACAAGUGAAACAGCCAUACUGAGUUGUGCUGGUGUCUAAGACGGACGCAGUAACAAAACCUACUAAGCAUUGCCUAAAAGCAUUCAUUACCAGUAACAGUUUUACCUCCAGUUUUCCAAAAUUAACGUUAAAAUCUGCCUAGUGUUCUCAGUAACCCGGAUCUUACUCCCGUCCCGCGGAGCUGCUGCAUGGAGCGGGCUGGGCUGUAACGAGGAUGGUGACCUUGGAGGGCUCUUCCAACCUAGAUGAUUCCGUGAGGAUGCCCGUGGCCAGCAGGUGAUGGGGAUUUCCCUGUGUGCCACGCAGUUGAGGCAGGAUGUGUCCCAUUCGGGGCUGCGUGUGCACCACAGUCAGCACCAGGGAUGCUCAUAGCAAGGCACAGCCCUUGCCGUCCCCGCAAAGCCAGGGUUUGACCUUCACGUACCUAAAAUGCAGAGGGGUGAUUUUGGAAACCUCACCAGGUUUGGGUGAUGGUGGGGUGCGAGGGAUCCCUUCAGCUCAUGUAAAUGCCCCUAGGCCUCCAUCCGGAGCCUCCUGGCUGAGCAGAAGCAGGUGGCCUCGUGUCACCUCCUCCCUGAGCAUCCAGGAGGGUGGCUCCAGGUUUGGUGCCCCCACCGGGUCACCUCUUUACCCGUAUCCAAAGCACGAGGGAUGGUUUGUUAACAGGGAGGGAAGGCUCAGGGAGCUGAUUUGUGCCAAGUGAUGGAGCAGGAAGGAUAAGUGCAAGGGAGAGAGGAAAGGAAGGAAGGAAAGUCAGGGGGGAGGUGUGGAAAGGACGAGAGCAGCACCCAGCAUGACAGAAGGUGUGGGCACAGAGGGAAGGAUGAGCAAGGCUGGGCUGGGGCACGUGUGGCCUGCCAUCGCCACAAGCUCCAGGUGAAGUUGGAGGGGGAGCCUGAGAGGUCAGGUGUGACCUCUGGGAACACAGAGGGACCCUUAACAGUCCACCCCAAAAGUGAGACAGCCACCUCCCAGCUCCUUCCCUGCCUCUCGUGGAAGUCCACAAGCCUGAGUCUUUCCAGGACAGCCACGAGUCCAGCUGCCCUCUCCUCAGAGCCCCCACCAGGGCUUGCUUUCAGCUCUCGAGAGGUCAGGGACUCCUCCAGUGCCACAUCUGAGCAGGAGAACGGCUGUUUCCUUGCUGUGCCCACCCAGGAGAGGUGACGUGAGAGCAGGCCAAAGCAGCACAGCCCAAAGGCGAGGGGCCAGGUGAGCGGGGCUGCGGGAGGCAGGGUGAGGAGCAGGUAGGGAAGGGACGGAGGGGACAGGAGCUGGGGUCUGGGGGGCUCGGUUUGGGGCAGAAGUUGCAGAAGGGCGAUGAGGCAGGUUGAGGCAGCAGGGAGGAAGGGAAAGAUGGGAAGAGAAGCGGUCCCGGGAGGCUGGAGGGGUUUUGCCAUCCGAGGCUGUGCUCUGCCAGGGACGGUGCUGGCGGGGGUCUGACAGAACCCCAGGAUGCAGGGCAGGAGGAAAGCAGGGUGGUGCUCACCCACCUCACCCCAUCGCGUGGCUCACAGCUGUGCCAGCACCCCCUUAAUUAGCACAUAAUUAUAGAACUGUUUCACAUUGCACAGGGAGGGCUCGCUGCUCCUCUGCUGGAUGCUCCCAGCCAUAACACCAGGUCUCUGCUCCGGCACAAGCCACCUUUCUCUUCACCAUCUCAGCCUUAAAUUCCUCUGGCAGAGUCAGAGGAAUCUCAGCCUUAAAGUCCUCUGGCAGCCCCCAGCCCCUCCACAGUGCCAGCACGCUGCCAUCAGCCCAAAGGAGCCCUGAACACGAGGCACCUGCACAUAGCUUUGUUUUAGCCCAGGAGUUUCAGAGUCAGGGGGAAGGAUCCUCAAAUAAAGGGUUUUCAACACGUGCCCAGUUCUCUCUGGUUCCCUAGGAGGUACCAGCUGCCUGCCCCAGCCUCAGAAAGAUUUCUAGGCGUGCUGAGCUCUCAUCCCCAGAGACUAAAGCCAAGGGAAUGACAGUAAGAUGCCACCAGCCUGCUGCUUCUUGCAGGAAGAGGAGCUGAGUGCCUAAACAGGCACUGAAUAUGAAAGAGAAAUACGCAGGACUCAGGUCUCACCCCCCAAACUUCCCCUCCGCCCAAUGCAGAGCCCUCUUCUUGCACAGCAGCCUGAGGUUAUCAAAUUAACUCAUCUCCAUGCUUUGCUUUUCAAGGCAGCGCACAACAGCAGCGGGACGGUGCUCCUGGCAUGGAAGGAGGCAGGAAAUUAGCUGGAGGGACCCAGGUCGACAGGGAUGCUCCUGGAGCUUGCUCGGGUGAUGUACACCUGCACUGAGCAUCAAGAUAAGGGCUAGGAAGCUGCACGUUAGUUACAUUUGAUACCUGAAGCGCACAUUAUUGCCAGACCCAGGGUGAAGCUGUGUACAGCAGUGCACUGGUGCCUACACGGGCAGCAGAGCAGCGCUUUAGGAAGCUCCAUCAGAAUAAUUUGAUCAGCAGCUCUAGGAGCUGGGAGGCUUUCUAUUUCCACCCCUUGCUGUGCGUGACAUUUCCUCCGAUCCAGCAUGUAACAGAAGCUGUCCCCAGCAAAGGCAGCACCAAGCCAAAGCUCCAGGAGAUUCCAGCAUAAAGCAUGCAGGAAUAUUUUGGGGAAGAAAAUCUGAAUUAGUCCCAAACUCUGCUGAAUGCAGCUGUGCCACCCGUCCUGCCGGGUGCUCUCACACCCUGCGCUGGGCUGGAUUCGGGCACCCCAAAAGGGGACCAGGAGGUGCAAAGCCACCCAGCCCCAGCAGCAUCCCCAGGCAGUUGGUUAUCAUCCCCAGCUGGCACUCCGCAGGGACGCAGGAGAGAAAAAGAGGAGGAAAUGUUGACACACUGAGCCUUUUCUUUCAUUUUCUUUGGCAUAUUGUACAUCUAAAGCUUCAUUUCAGCUGCUGCUGCUGACAUUCCCUCCCUCACAGAAGUGUCGUGAGGAUUAACUGACAAAGGCUUGAAACGGUGUUUGAAAGAUGAAAUGCUUUCAGCGUUAAACACUACUAUUUUUCCCACUUGAUGGCCUUGUAUAGUUUUUUUUUUUUUUGUCCCCAAGAACGCCUGCCAAAGCAUUACUCACCGCUGGGUUCCUGCAUCCCUCCCAGGCCCUUUCUGACAGAUGUGCCUUUCGCAGGCAAUUUUUUUGCCCGGUGCUUUUUCUCAGUCCUCAACCCCGGCAGUCCUUGCAGGAAUUGCCUAGAGAUGUUGCGUGUACCCUUCAGAGCUAAUAGGGGAACUGUGCAAACGGUGCCUGAUUUUGGCACGCCUGCUGGUGGCUCAGUGGAUGCAGGUUUUAAUGACCCCGGUCCAGCAGCAGCAUCCACGUGGCACCGCGUUCAGAGCAGCUCUGACAAGUCACGGUGAGCUUCGGGCAGCAGCAGACAGACAGAAACCCUCCUCGUGCUCCAUCAGCAACGAGAGGGCCAGGUGUGUGGAUACACAGGAUGAAAAAAUUCCCCGUAGGACCCUUAUUUAAAAAGUAAUUUCAACAGAAUAGAGAAACCCGUGGAAGGAAAAGCUUGCAAUGAACCCCUAGAUGAGGCACUGGGAUGUGCCACCACCUCGCACUAGGAGGCAGCAGUAGCGGGGCUUACAGCAAUAAAUACAGGCCAGGGGAGCACAGCUGCACACACAGCUCCCUAUCCCAAAGGCCAGCUUUUUCGUACCAUGCUCUGGCUUUCACGGGUGGCCCAGGGAAGUGCAAGCUCUCUGCAGGGCCUUCUGGCCGCCCGUCUGCUAGCGUGGGCACAUCCCUGCUGCCACUGCCUCCUGCAGUGCCCCAGCAGCCUCCAAAAGACACUUCCCAGUAAUCCCACCUCUAUCAGGAGUUUGUGAGAAUUUGCUGCUCACCCUCACCCUGGCUCAGGGCUCUCCUUACUUUCCCAGCAAGGCCCAGGGCCCAGGUGCAGCACAAUGUGGGCAAAUCCCAGGCUCCAGAGCUGGACCACAGCCUGGACCUCCACGGAGGGGAGGACAUCCUCACAGGACGUCCUCAGGACACACAAUUUUGUUUUAAAGGACACUAGAUUGUUUUAAAGGACACUAGAGGUAUUAACAAGAGCAGCUGUGCCAUGUGCUAAAAUAUAUCCAGUGCCUUUAAUUGAUCGGGGCAUGGAACGGGCUUUGCUUCCAGGCCAGGAGUGGUCCUCAAGAGGUGAGGGUUAGCCCCGUAAGAUGUCCUUUUGCCAGAACACCCCAGUUUGCCAGACCCUGCACCAUGGCACGUGAGAUAUUUGUGGCAGAGCUCCUGGGAACGGGGCUGAGCAUCAGCUCCAUUAGGUAAGAGCAGCUCUGGGACAUCCGUGUCUUUGUCAUGGGCCAGGUUUGGCUUCAGGCUUAUGACCAAAAGCUCCCCAACCCUGUCCAAGGAGCCUGAAAUACCCAUUAGUGGAAGCGUGCAGGUCAGCAGGGACGGUGCAGCACAGCACCACCCCAAACCAGCCAGGAAAUGCUCCCAACCCCAUCGGGCACAGCCCAGCACAGGCUGCCCAGAAGGGCAGACCAUGGUCUUGCCUCUGUUUCCCCCGAGGAAAGAGCAGCCAGAAACACUCCCCAAAAGCCCCAAGACUCAAGUGUAGAUGGUAAUUUCUGAGCGCCUGCGAUGCCACAGUGUAAUUGAUGCUGACAGACAGAGGUACGUGGCCUAUAUAGGAGGCUGUGCUGAGAACGUGGCCAUGGAGAGGGACUUCUCCCAGGACUUCUCAUGUCCGAGCCAGCAGCCUGUGUGCUCUCUGGGGAGAUCUUGAUCCAUGCUGCCCCUGGCAGGGCACACGUGCUGGCCCUUGAAGGCCAACGCAUCCUGCUGGAGGAGGACCAGAGCCUCCCAGCUGGCACCCUGCAGCUGGGAGAAGCCAGCUCAGGUCCCCUGCUGGGACCUUCUCCCUCUGCAAUUUGCAAUAUUGCACCCUAAAAAAAAAUUCAGAAGCCACAGCUGCAUCACCCACCCUGACAGAGCCUUCACGUCAGUCUCACAACCAAACCCUGGCUGUCCCGUGGCGCUGGCAGGAGGCUCUGCCUCCAAAUGCUGGGCUCCAGGUGGGGAGAGGAGAGUGCAGCAGGUACCAGCACGAGGUCCUCACCACCCUCUCCCCAGGGCCAUUCCAACCCCUCUCAUUUUCUAGGAUCCCCACAUCCUCCCAAACCCUCCCCAGCCCAGCUCCAGGACCGCAGCUCACCCAGGACAGCCUCACCCUCUCCGCCUCACACGCACAUCAUGUUUCAAUACAAAGCACCACCCCAUUAAAACCCCAUUUAACACCCUCAGCCCUCUCCCCCCACCUCCCUUUCCCCUCCCUCCAGCUCAACAAGGGAACAGUGACCAUCACCGUGCCUCAGGGCUGCCCUGCCCGCUGUCCCCUCUCCGCCACCGACCUCUUCCCGACGGAUCGCCGGGGGCCCCCUCGUGCCGCCCCCCCGCCGAGCCGUUCCUCCUGCAUGUUCGAUGGCCCAGCCUGUAUUAACUGUAAUUUUGUACGAAGAGUGACUGUCCGUUGGUUUCAUAGAGCGUUAGCGAUUGUAAUAAUUUAUUGGCUGUCGGUAAUGUAUUUAUUAGUUACAAAAUGUUAAUAAAGUGCCAGCUCUUUUCUA